AUGAAGCUUGCUCUCGUUGCGUCUGCCCUCUCUGCCGCGGUCGUGCUCGCCGCGCCUGCAGAGCAGGACUGCAACAACGUCGAUAACUGCUACGGUGGUAUCCACGGCUGGGGCGGCUAUGUCCCUGUGGCGCCCUACCAGGCUAACCUCUACACCGCGUGCCGCAACGACCCUACCGCGCUCGGUGGCACCGGCAACCUCUGGGCCUCCAAGCCAUGCGUCGCUCUCGCUACCAGCAGCCUCAAGAUCGGGCCGGAGAACUUGCAGAACGUUCUGAGCUGCGAUAACCAGAACCUCACCUGCAUUUGGCAAGAGCCGCACCUGGACUACAACAUCUACGCCGGUAUCGUCGGUGACUGCGCGUGGCAGCCCAACGGCUGCCCCAUCACGCAGCAGAACUACAUCGACUUCAUCUACGGUACCCUGAGUGACAUCGGGUCUGGCGACUGGCCGAGCAGCGUCGACACCCUCCUCUCCGAGGGCUGGCAACCCCUUCUCGACUGGACGAAGACCGGCGAGACCAUCCCCUACACCAACUUCGAUGACUUCCUCCACUACGGUUAA